AUGGAUCAGGUGGCGGAAGAGGUGUCAACUGACCAACACAGGAUAAAGAAAGCACUGGAACGAGGAGCUACAGUAUCCCGAAUCCUCCAAGAGCACGAAACACCAUUCGAUGGAAAGGAAAUGGCGCUGAUGAUGGAGGAGAUAAGAACGAAAAGUGGUUUUGAAAAGGAGAAGGGCGACGGACGCAGGAUUAUUGAGGAAAUUGGAAAACGAAUAAAUGGAUCAACAGUUCCAUCUCAAGAUGGUGUAUUUGCCGUCACUUUUUCAGGAAUAACUCAGUUGAGUGCAACAACAUAUUUUUUCUUGGGACCGAAUGCUACGUUUGUAUCUUUUGGAGGAAAGAACACCGGACAUGGAAGAUUUAAGGUGCUUAGGCUCAAAUUGGAGGUCAAUGUGCUCUCAAAAGCAAAUUCUUUGGCUGGACAGUCACACAAAAGAGGAAUAAAUGGAUCAACAGUUCCAUCUCAAGAUGAUGUAUUUGCCGUCACUUUUUCAGGAAUAUCAGGGUUGAGUGCAACAACAUAUUAUUUCUUGGGAGCAAAUGCUGCGGUUGUACGCUGUGGAGGAAAGAACGCCGGACAAGGAAGACUAGUGAUUGGAUGGUAUGUGACAAAUGGUUUUAUUGGAAAUGGACAACAACCAGUACACCAACAAGACAUUCGUAUGCUGUGUGCCUCACAUCAAGACGUCAUCAUUUCUGAAGGAUUCCACCACUGUGGUGUUGUGACUUCGCAGGAAUUGGAUAUAAAAAAGAAACCAGGAAAACGUUAG